AUGAGUAAUACAGUGUAUGUUGGAAACUUAGACAGCAGAGUCAACAAGUCAUUGUUAUAUGAAUUAUUUGUACAGGCCGGACCUAUUUCAUAUAUCAAAUUUCCGAAAGAGAAACAGGACGAGGAUGAUAGUCAACAUUCGAAGUAUGCAUUUAUCAAGUUUGUGAAUGAUGAUGUCGAUUAUGUCUGUAAGCUGUUCGACAAUAGAGUGAGUUUAUAUGGAAAACCGUUGAAAGUACGAAGAUCCAACAAACAGCCGGAAACAACAGAUUUUGAUGUUGGUGCCAAGUUAUUUGUGAAGAAUUUAGAUGAAUCCAUUGAUGUACCCCAAUUGAGUAAUAUAUUCAAAAUAUUUGGUAAAUUACUUCGGAAACCUGAGGUAUUCUAUUUACAAAACGGAACUCUACGAUGCGCGUAUGUAUGGUUUACUACCUUUAAACAUUCGGACGAAGCUCUGCAGCAGCUUAACGAGACAAAUUUGGCAAACAAACUGAUAUAUAUCGAUUACGCUUACAAAGACGAUAUGCAAAAAACUGCAAAACACGGCGAUGAGAUUGAGCGAUUGUUAGAUGCAGAAAGGCAGAAAAACUAUCCAAAGGACAAUAAACCAUAG